CCUUCACGAGCCUCCUCGCCCAUCCUCCAUCAUGGAAUCACUUCGUUACCUCGGCUCUAUGCCCGGACACAAGGGCUGGAUCACUGCCAUUGCAACAUCGUCGGAGAACCCGGACAUGAUCUUGACCGCAUCUCGCGACAAGACCAUCAUUGUCUGGCAGCUGACCCGCGAGGAGGACCAGUACGGUUACCCCAAGCGCAUCCUUCACGGGCACAACCACUUCGUCUCGGACGUUGUUAUUUCUUCUGACGGCCAGUUCGCGCUCUCGUCGUCCUGGGACCACACCUUGCGGUUGUGGGAUCUGAACACUGGCGUCACUACCCGCCGCUUCGUCGGCCACACCUCGGACGUCCUGUCUGUCAGCUUCAGUGCUGACAACAGGCAGAUUGUCUCCGGCUCGCGCGAUCGAACAAUCAAGCUCUGGAACACGCUCGGAGAGUGCAAAUACGACAUCAAGGAGGACGGCCACACUGAGUGGGUGUCAUGCGUGCGUUUCAGCCCGAACGUCCUUAACCCUGUGAUUGUCUCGUGCGGUUGGGACAAGGUUGUCAAGGUUUGGGAGCUCUCGAAGUUCAAGCUGAAGACCAACCACUAUGGCCACACCGGUUACAUUAACACCAUCUCCGUUUCGCCCGACGGCUCGCUGGCGGCCUCCGGCGGCAAAGACGGCAUCACCAUGUUGUGGGACCUCAACGAGGGCAAGCACCUAUACUCAUUGGAGGCGGGUGACAUCAUCAACGCACUUGUCUUCUCUCCCAACCGGUACUGGCUGUGCGCGGCGACCGCAACAUGCAUCAAGAUCUUCGACUUGGAGAGCAAACAGAUCGUGGACGAGCUCAAGCCUGACUUCGCGCAGAGCGCGAACUCGCGGGAACCCGAGUGUGUCUCCAUCGCAUGGUCUGCGGAUGGCCAGACGUUGUUCGGUGGCUUCACGGAUGACCUCGUCCGUGUCUGGUCCGUCGUCUCGUAAGAGCCUGUAUCGUCACACAAAAGUGGUGUCCAGGUUUGCGGGUCCUCAGCGGGAGGAGUGUGGGCAGUUGUGUUACCUAUGUCGAUUAUUGCUUGUAGCUUACAAAAUGCAUUUCUUUGCACUCAGCUCUUCCGUUCCACUAGCCCUGGCCAUGAUGCAAGGCGAGCGGAAUAAUUGUUUUCUCUUUGUACAGAUGAAUGAUGUUGGAAUCUAUUUGCAUGUAGGUGCUAGUUUCUACGAUAUGUUAUACUAUGUCCAUGCUCUGUGUCCU